UAUAUAUAUAUAUAUAUAUAUAUAUAUAUAUAUAUCCAAUGUAUUCAUAAACUUUUGAGAUCACAAGUUUUUUUUGAUAGCUAAAAGGAAAUCAGAUAGUGCACAUCCUAUUUCCACUUCUUCAGUUUAAUAGAAAUCUCAGAGACCACCAAAAAGUUCUCAAGUUCUCAAGAACGAUUAAUGGACCAAAUACCCAGGAAUGAUGAUGUUGAGUUGUGUAGGAAAAGACAAAAAAUCACUAAUCAACAAGGAUGCACUAAUUUCAAUGAUGACAUACUUUUGGAAAUAUUACUCCGACUUCCUGAUUUUAAAUGUAUAGUGGAGUGUGCUUAUGUCUGCAAGCGUUGGUUUUCAAUUAUUUCUCAUUCCAAAGCAUAUUUCAGUCGCAGAUUUAAUUAUUAUCAUCGUCAUAAAAGGCUUAGUAACUCAUCACAGUCGUCAUCUCCAUCUCUUCCUUUUACCCUACUAUUUACACACUCUUACUUGCCUGAAUUUAAUUUGUCAAUAGAAUAUUUCUCCGAGAGAUCAAAGAUUCUUGACUAUGGUCAGAUACCGGCAUUACAAUUUUUAUUGUCCUCCAAGAAAAGAGCAUAUUUAUGGUCAUCGUUUGAGGAUUUGUUGUUGGUUGAAUUAUUUCCUGGUCAACGAUUCUGCAUUUGCAAUCCUUUUACAAGGCAGCUUGUUGAGCUUCCUAAACCUCCAGAUCCUUUUCAUGAAUAUGAGUAUAGUAGAUCUUUUUAUUUACAUCGUAGAUAUGCAUUAGUGGUAUCUGAUUAUAGUAAGACCCAAUAUAAAGUAGUUAAAAUUAGUAUGGGGACAGUUGAUUCAAUAAGUAUACCACCACAUUUACUUCAUUUAACAAUAUUUUCUUCUGAGACGGGACGAUGGAGUCAUUCAACUUUAAAUUUUUCAGAAAUGCUUACCAUUUUUAAUGAAAGCGAAGAUCGAACAGCCAUCGUGGGAAGCAAUGGGGUAAUAUAUUGGCCAUAUGGUCUACGCAAAACUGAAGGCAUUGUUGCAUUAGAUGUUUGUUCAAAACAACACCGUUUGAUUGGUUUGCCUAAGGAGUUAGGUCGUUAUUCAAAUUCUAGGGUACAUGUUGGAGUGGUUCGGGGAAGAGUACGAGUAGCACAAUUCUAUUGGUGUAAGAAGAAGCAAUUGUUUGUUUUCAAGGCAUGGGAAUUGUUUGAUGAUGGUGAGAUGUGUAGUUGGAAUUUGGUGCAUCAUCAUGAUGAAAUGAUGAUGAAGUUUGAGUGUUGCAUAAGCUCGUCGUCGCUUCUUGCUAUACAUGCUCUUCAUCCAGAUGACGGAGAUGUGUUCUUUUUCUCGCACUCAAAUAAAUUUUCUAAAGCUAAGGAGGAGAUAAAGAUUUUUCAAUGUAAAAUACUUAGCCAAAAUGAGAAUCGCAUUGAAACUCUUGUUCAUAUUCCACCUAAGAUAUCCCUAGCCAAAUUACGUGUUAAUCCUAUUAUCCAUCCAUGGUGGCCCACUCAAAUAUUUCCUCUCAAUCACCCUUCUCCAUCUUCUACUUAGAUUUUAGAAUUAUUAGAACAAAAUCAUUCUAUCUUUUAAUGAUUUUUAUUUUUGUUCAAUGAAAUGGAAACCUUAAUUUGAUUUUGUUUCUGUUAA